AUGAGUCUGCUGUCAACUGUCCGCUACCUCAAAUCGCUCCCAGCGGUCCGCCACCGCUCGCAAUCCGUCUACGCGCUCGCCGAGCAAGCCCAGCUCCGCCACUUCACGCUCGAUGCCUCGAAAAUCCCCACCAUCGCCGCCCUAGUUCUCCAGCUAAUCCAGCGCGACCACGGCACCGUAUCCCAAGUGCCCACGCACGGCCGUUGGCGCUCCUACAUUACCCAUAGCCCCGGCCCCGGUACUUCUCGUGAUUUAAUCUCCGAGCAUAUUGCCAAAUGGCAAGCCGCGGGCGUUGAUUCGUGGGAGUGCGCGCGCCGAGUUAUCGACCUCUUCGUCGUGUCUGUUUUGAUCGAUGCCGGGGCAGGGAGUGCCUGGGAGUAUCAGGAUGCGGAAAUCGGCGCGCUGACGAGGACGGAGGGGCUGGGAAUGGCCGCGCUGAGAAUGUUCGAAACGGGGUGUUUUAGCUCCUCGCGUGAGGGAAACGUGUUUCAGGCCGAUGCUGAGGCGCUGAAGGCGCUGGCCAAUGAGGAUGUUCUGCAAGGGUUCCAGGUUUCUGAAAGCAACCCGCUGUUGGGCGUGAGUAAUCGUGCGGAGCUUUUGCGCAGGCUUGGGAUGGCCCUGGAGCAAGGCAAGUAUUUUAAGAACCCCCAAGAGGGUGGUGUUGAUGCCCCGGCGAGACCUGGCUUUAUGCUGGAUUACCUGGCGAGCCUGCACCCAUCUGCGGCAGAUAACCAAGAGGACCGGCGUGAGGUGGACAUUGAGGAAAUCUGGGAGGUUAUUAUUGAGGGCUUUGCCCCCGUGUGGCCGUCCAGCCGCACGCAGCUCGGCGGCGAGUCCCUCGGCGACGUCUGGCCCUGCCCAACCCUCCAGCCCACUGCCACUAUCGUGGACUCUCCCACUCUCAGCGUAGAUCCCUCCAUCCUGGUCCCGUUCCAUAAGCUCUCCCAGUGGCUCACCUGGUCACUGCUUGAAGUCAUCGUGCGUCUCGGCGGCUUCACUGUCACCCGCACCGAGCUACUGACUGGCUUGCCGGAGUACCGCAACGGUGGGCUUUUCGUCGACCUGGGUGUCCUCACCCUGAACGAUUCUGACCGCAAGCGUGGGCUGGAGCAUCCGCUGGCUACAGGAGGAGUACCCCUGUUUGAUGGCUCGGACCCAGUAAUCGUCGAGUGGCGUGCAUUGACUGUUUGCUUGCUGGACCGCGUUGCUGAGAUUAUCAAGAAAGAGUGUUGCGCUGGGGGAGAAGUGCCGGAGAUGUUUUUGGGCAGGAUUUUGGAGGGCGGAACCUGGAAGGCUGGCAGAGAAGUCGCCGCGGAAAAAAGACCCCUGUCUAAGGAUCCUCCUAUUAAUAUUGUUUCUGAUGGAACGCUUUUUUAA